AUGGCUGGACGCAAACCAAAGGCGAGAUAUCGGAACAAGAACAAACAAAACGUUCCUGGUAACAUUCCUGUCAACUCGACGAUUAUGACAACCUCAGAAUGGAACACAAACGCUGGAUGGACUCAGGCCACUACAACCAGUAACCAUCACUAUGCUCACCAACCUCUCAUGAAGGUGACUCCUAUCUGUAAGCCUGAGAACCGACGACGCUAUGGCCCCAAGGAGUCUCGAGAGCGUCUUGAGUCACAAGGCUACCAUCCGUUGGUCACUAGCAUGACUAAGGAAGAGGUUGAAGCCUCUUACGAGGAGAAACGCAAGAAGAGCCUUUAUAAGCCUCAUUUUAGUGAUUAUGUCGGCAUGGGAAAAGAACAAGGCUUCCAAGGUCGAUAUACCUCCGACAUGAAUCUGCUUAUCAAGUCAACCGACUCCUCCUUUGAGAGCCAGCAUGAGGCCUCUGAACUCACCAAGGAAGUCUUCGACGGAACACACCCGCAAGGCCUCCUGAUUGCACAGCAACUUGCUUCGCUUGGCAUCAAGCAUCUUGAAAAGCUUGCUCUUGCUCGCCCCCAAGAAUGGGACGCCCUUUCCAAGGGUAUGGCUAUCUGGGAUUUCACUACCAACAAGUUCCAUAGCAAACCAUCUGGUCACGUUUUUCUGUGUCUUUUCCCAAAGAUUUCUCAGGGAGCUUUCAUCAAGUCGCCUGCCCACCAGGAAUCACGAACACACGAAGAACGUAUUCGGAAGGAAAUCAUCGACCUGAUCAACUGGAUUUACUCUAAAUGUGGUCCUACAGAGCGACCUGCUUGGCAUCCCGACGAAAAACUGACACAAGCCGAGGGGCUGAGUCCGGAAGUCUUGCGCUGUCUCAACAGAGGCACAAAGCCACCGCAGGUUGUGAUCAACAUGGCCAGGUCCAUCCCAGACAUUAGUAACCUCGAGGACAUGAUGAGAGACUAUGUCGACCAACCCGAGUAUCUCGACUAUCGCAUGUCAAAGCCAGUCGCACUGAAGAAUAUGUUCGGCCUCCUCACAAGCAUCUUCAACAGAAGGACAAAUAUUCGUGUUCUUCACUUUCAGAAAACCCCGCUUCUCGACCGACGACUGUUGGCAUGCAUCCUGCGUGCUUGCCCUCAUAUUACCACCCUUGGCAUUUAUCAAUGCCCCCUUAUUCACUUUGGUGAUAUCAUUUGCCUUCUGGACCUUAUCCAUGAGGUCAACUUGAAGCGCAGCAGUCAGAGCUUGCCGCUGGUAGAAGCCUUGGACUUUUACCCUCUGUACCAAGCCGGCAUGCCCUUCAAGGUACCCGCUGCAGAAAAGCUCACCAGAGCAGAGAAGCAACGUGGUAUGGAGCCUGCCGCAAGGGAAACACAUGGAUACGGGAUCACUUGGACCUAUAUGAACCUCGAGGUGGUUCAGCGAGGCGUUUUCGGUAUUAUUCUGAAAACUGUCCUAAAGGCUCGCAAGAUGGGCAUCCGUCUUCUGAUGGAUAAAGACGCAGCCUUCAUGAAGUACCUCUCGGAUAUUCCCAUGUUACCUGGUAUUAUUUUUCAAUUCCUAGACGGUUUGUACCGCUAUCUUGAUCUCAAAGAGACUGGAUCCGAAGACCACACCGCCAUGAGAAGAGCGAAGUACGACAUGAUUCUGGCCGUACGCACCGGCCUAGAGUCGCCAUAUCGCAACACCCUCGACCCGUCCUACGACGAUACCGGAAAGCUCACUUCACUCUUUUGCCGUUCGUGUGGGUACAAGAUGUUGGACAUCUUCUUCUGCCCCCAGUGGGUCCGAAACCGACAAGACCCUCAAGACUGCGCUGGGUGUACGCUCCAGGGUUUGCUUGACCAUCAGAGCGAUCAUCAAAAGCAUCAUGACAUUAAUCUGAUGGGACCCUUCUUAGAGAAGGACUGGGACCCCAAAGGCUUCAACGUUGAUGCUCCAGUUCAUGCCGAUGGCCAAGAACUCCUUUCUUUGCACACCCGGAAGACCACAAACGAUCUCCCUGUGAUGGCGCUUCUUCCAAAUGGUGAUUUUGACCAGCCGCCGUUACAGGAGCAACUUAUCUGCGAGCACAAGAAGAAUAACGACUGUCUCCAGGGCCUGCCUACUCUUCAAGACAUGCUCCUACAGAAGGACACCCAUAAGGAGGAUGCUAAAAACCAUGCUCUUAAUGUUGAUACAUGCCGGGCCCUCUCGAUCAUCAUGAAUUACACUGACUCCGAACUUGCUAAGCUGGAUGAAAAUCAGGGUGUCGGGGGUCAUUUCUGUCAAGGCCAGGGAUGGCGGCCUCUCGUUGGAGGCUUCAGAGAUCCAAAGAAAAGCCACACAUUCGACUCAGCCACGAAGGCGGCUCAAGAACUUAAGGUGAGGGCCGAGAUUGCAGAAGGUCGACGACCGAAGCAGGAUGCCGCGGGAUUUUGGUGA